GCCACCACCCCGGCACCAACUUACACAAGCUGCUGGUGUGCCAUGGCACCCAACAGGCCUCGAUGGUUGUUGCCUCUUCUUUUCCUGGCAACUUGCAGGCCGGCUUUCGUGACCCUUCAAGGCCCCUCGCGGGCGCCCUCGCGUGUGGCGCGAAGAGCUGUGGGAUUGGAAUUCCUCCGCGAGACAUUGGAGGCGUACGCUGCCGCGCGGGUGGCGGACUCACCUUUCCUGGCUGAGGCCCCGGAAGCAGCAUUGCACUGGGGACAUGCUGCGGCGAUGGCCUCAGUCUAUCCCCAGCUUGUGUUUGGCGCCUUUCUGGGGUGGCAAAUCCGCACGGGCAAAGGGGAGGAGAGCACGCCAUUGGGCUUCUCUUCCAGGGCGCUCCACCCAUUGCUGAGCAUUGGUGCUUUCUUGUUCUUUCUCAUUGGAGGACAGGGUGGUUUGGUGCUGCUCACGGCCCAGAAGCAAACCAUCCUCGACUCCCCUCAUGCGGUCACUGCGCUCCUGGGCUUGUCGCUCUUGCUGCUACAAGCGCUGCUGCCCAUCUUCUUCCCAAGCGGUAGCUUUAUUGUGGUUCUGAUGCUCGUCCAUGGCGCCUUGGGGCUGUCCUUGGGUCUCAGCUUUUGAGGCGUUCGUCGCUUUCUCAUGCUUUCGCCAAAGCCGCUGGCGAUGGG